AUGAGCUCUCGACGGGUUACCUUCAAUGUCAGCGAGCUCGCCAAUGUUGCUGCUAGCAGUGUUGGUGCAUCAUGUGUUGGGAUCGAAAGGUUGCCCGAUGGCAUGCACAACAGGGCUUUGCUUCUGACCAUGGACAAUGGCAAGCAGGUCGUCGCCAAACUCCCAUGCCCGAACGCUGGUCAGUCUCACUUCACGACUGCAAGCGAAGUCGCCACAAUGGAAUUUAUGCGCACUCGGUUGAAUACCCCUGUCCCCGAGGUAUAUGCUUGGUGCAGUCAUGCGGAAAGGACCACGGUAGGAGCUGAGUACAUCAUCAUGGAAAAGGCCGAAGGAGUGCUACUGGAGACGAUCUGGCAAAAGAUGGAGCUGCGACAACAAGGCGCUCUCGUGAAAGCCAUUGUCCGGCUCCAAGCAGAGUGGGCAUCAUCUCUGUUCGCAGGUUACGGUAGCAUUUACUACGCCACGGAUCUGGAAGAAGAGCGCCGGCUACCAUUACACGCAAGCUCGUCGGCACAGGAGAUUUUUGCCCUUGGCCCUAUCACGGGAAGGGACUGGAACGAUAACGGGCGACUGGAUGUCGCAUUUGAUAGAGGUCCAUGGAAAACCGUCGAGCAGUAUCUGGAAGCAGUUGGACUUCGUGAGGCGAAAUGCGUCAAAGAGCUUUCACGUCUACCACCUCCUCAAGUGACCCUCUCCGGGCCAGGUCUGUACGAGAGCACUAGGGAGAAGAAGCUGCGGGCCUUGUGUUACUACCAGCAGAUCUUCCGCCACUUGCUGCCGCACCCCGGCGAUUCACCAAUCCGCAGACCAGUCCCGUGGCAUGGAGAUCUUCAUGUCGCCAACAUGUUUGUUGAUCCAAAGGAUCCGACGAAAAUAUUGAGCAUAAUCGACUGGCAGUCCACUGAAGUUGCCCCAUUGUUCGUACAAGCCCGUCAGCCUUACAUCAUCGAUUUCGAAGGACCUCAAUUGCCUGACUUGAGCACGGAGCAUCCAUCUCUUCCAGAAGACUUCGAUCAGCUUUCUCCCGGCGAGCAAGCAGCUGCUCACAAUCUCCGCCUGCGACAAGCUCUCGUGAUGGCAUACAGACAACGGACGCGAGUCAUGGCGCCGGACAUCUGGAAAGCCUUCGAGUAUCAAGCCACACCCGCAGCGCAGCUCUUACAACUAGCUCGGGUGCUACUCGUCGAUGGGGAAGGAAUGUACACCGCUCGAAUCGCCGAGCAUCUCCGAGAUCCCGACGGAAUCCUCAAAGAAAGCGGCAUCUCUAUGACCGAAGCUGAAAUGGCCGAAGCCGAAGCAGACGGAGAGAAAGCGGUCCUUGGGAUACAGUGGAUGACAGGUAUCUCCGAUACGAUCGGUCGGGAGCUCUUCCCGUUGGGCGGAUGUGUGAAGACGGAGCGCUACGAUGAGUCGAAAGAUGCGCUUCGGCAGUGCAAGGAGCAGGUAAUAGAGGAGUUUGCGAAAACUGACGAAGAGCGAAAGGCCUGGGAGGAUGCGUGGCCCUUUGACAACUAAUCGCGAAGAUCAAGCAUUAAUGAAUCUGCAAGAAGCAUGCAUGUCGAUAUAGCUGUGAUGCUCCGUGCGCUCAGCUACUGGAUCUGGUAAAGGCUUUGCCAGAGC